AUGCUCAGCUCCAUUUUAGCGCUAAAAUCCUUCCAAUUGUAUUGUCUCCAUCUCCACACGGUUCCGAUAUGGUUUCCACUGUUGACCGAUCGGAGAUAGCUUUCUUUGAUCUGGAAACAACUAUUCCGACCCGUGUUGGACAGGGGUAUGCCAUUUUGGAAUUUGGGUCGAUAUUAGUUUGUCCUAGGAAGCUUAUUGAGCUGGAGAGCUACGAUACGCUAGUUAGACCACAUGAUCUGUCCCUCAUUUCAACCUUAUCCACUCGCGCCAACGGUAUCAGCGCUGACGCCGUCGUCUCCGCCCCCGCCUUCUCCGACAUCGCCGAUAGGGUCUACGACAUCUUACAUGGAAGAGUUUGGGCGGGUCACAAUAUAUUGAGGUUUGAUUGUGUGAGGUUGAGGGAGGCGUAUGCACAGAUUAAUAGACCGCCACCGGAACCCAAAGGAACCAUUGAUUCAUUGGCUUUGUUAACGCAGAGAUUUGGGAGGAGAGCCGGUGAUAUGAAGAUGGCCACUCUGGCGGCUUAUUUUGGGCUUGGACGGCAAAGUCACCGGAGUUUAGACGACGUUCGACUGAAUCUUGAAGUUCUCAAGUACUGUGCAACAGUUCUUUUCUUGGAGUCAAGCCUACCAGAUAUAUUCACAGAAAACAAUUGGGCUUCUCUGAAUUCUACUACAAGUUAUCGUUGUAAUGGCAAAUCCACUCUAGAGGGGACAGGAUCGACAACUAGUCCACUCUCGUCUAGCAGAAACAUCGAAAACCCUACAUUACCUCUAAAUCCAACUUUUUCAGUAGUCAUUCCAGAGGAACAGAUUCCAAAUCUAGUUGAAUCUGGUAGUGCUCGAUUUGACCCUUUUCAGAUGGGCCAAUUUGUAGACGAAAUGGAGAAGGAAUCCCUUCAAUCGAAUGAAGCCAUGGUGGAAGAAUCAUCUACCACCACUCUAUCUGAUGCUGUCAGCAAUCGCACUGAAUUCAUAGAGCCUGAUGAAGUAUCCAUAGCUUCAAUCACUGUAGCCGUUUCCCCCCUUUUUCAUGGGUACCAGAGGAUGCAAAUGCUUCACAGAGAUAUCCCGAUGCAGAUUCGUUGUGAUCGGAUGUUGAUAUGGUUUGGAUUAAGCACAAAAUUUGUGGAUCGGCUAAGUUUUGUGGUCGAUGCAAACUCUUCAAAUCUAUGUGGUGUACUUGAUGCAUGUGAUGAUAUUGCCAAGAGAUUUGUGGAUCCGGAUAGGAACUCAGAAUGGAGACCUGUUGUGAGCAGAAAGCCUGGCUUUUACAACUCGCCCACCGUUAGAUUGCACUUACCCACUGUAGCAGGAGAUACCACAAGAUGGAUCACAGAGAUAUACCAUCAACAAUCAUCAUUAUUGCCACCCACCCAAUUGUUUGUUUCCGGUAACUAUGAUGUGGCAGAACUCGACGCCUUGUUUCGUCCAGGUUUCGUUGUGGAUGCUUACUUCUCUUUAGAUCCAUAUAAUUAUCAACAGAAUGCCGGAAUACGUUUAGUGGCCAAGAAGUUGAUUGUUCAUACUAACUGAAAGGUUUUCGUGCAUACCUUUCUUGUAGCUGAUUUUAGCUGACAGUUAGAAGGAAUACUUCAUUUAAUACUUGUAAAAAUGGUAAACUAAAUGUAGGGUUUCAAUUGAUUUAUGUCAACUUAUAUAUAUAUAUGUUUGUUUUUCUCAUUUAUAUUAAAU